UGAACGUAUGUCCUUGACAGUUAGAUAAUCAUGAACAAACAUUUCGCUUAAGUUUGGAAUUCUGCCAGCUUUGUUGACACAAGUUCGGUUUAUGUCAUUGAGAGCGUCGACCAAAAACUACAAUUGCUCUAAUACAAAACAUUAAUGUCGGUUUAAGUUCUUGACGUUUUGUAUGUCAGUAAAUCGCUUGAUAUGUCUUCAGACAGGCAAGUAUCUUCAAAAGAAGUCAAGUUUCUUCUAUUUUCGACUGUAUUCGCCUGGUUUGUGUCUCUUACCAUGCUUUGGCCUUUCAUAAUAUUGCUAAAACUAAGUUCUAGAUUACGCAAAAAAAUUUCCAACUGGAAUAAAAUUUUUAAAUUAAAAGAUUCUGAACAUCUUCGAGAAAAAAUGUUUGCACUUCUAAGUGAAUCUUGCCCGCAAUUUGCUUGUCGUAGGCUUCGAAUACUAGAACUUGGUGUGAAAAUGUCAAAUGAUUUUAAAGAUUAUUCAAAUCAACAUGUGAUUGACUUGGCGUAUGUGGAUUUAGAUAAACGUGAGAAACUAAAAGGUAUUCCGAAUAAUAUAUUUUUGCGCCCCGAAGCAAAUAUUCUUGAAAACAAUCCAAGUAGCUCGUAUGAUGUAAUCAUCUCAACAUUUUAUUUAUGUUCCGUGAAGAAUGUGAAUUCGACACUGGAAAACAUUCGCCGGAUUUUAAAACCAGGAGGAAAAUAUGCAUUUGUGGAGCAUAUUGGAUAUCCGGAAAACAGCAUAGUUUUUUCAUUGCAAAGGCUUCUGUCUCCUCUUUGGGAAAUGUUCUUCAAUGGUUGUAGUCUGUGUCGUCAUCCUCUUACUUUCUUGAAAAAGUCUUCUUUUGCUACUAUAAGUUAUCGAACAAUAUAUCCUCAAAAACGAUUGCCGCAUAUACGUCCUAUAACAUAUGGUGUGUGCUCCAAAUGAUAUUGAGUACAUUAGCUCUUUUUAUACAAAACAUCUGAAUGUCAUUGCAGGCUAGAUGACGGAGGUUCUCUGUGGCUAACUUGUUCAUUUUCCACUAUACGAAGAACAAAGCUUGUGUCAUACAUUUUUAAACUAGGUGGUAAGCUAUUUGAAGAUGUGAUCAUUUCAUUGACAUAUUAAUCAAAAAAGAUUUUUGUGUGAUUUUUCGUUUUGUGUUUGUGUAACCAUGUGCUGAUGUGCUCUUGAAAAGUUGCAGCACUGUACAGAUUCCUUUUUUUUUUUUUUUGGUAAUGAGAAGCUGAAAUCUUAAUACUAUUUUGGAUGAAUUGGAAGCAACGAACUAAAGUUUUUAUAUUUUUUGUAUGAGUUAUAUUGUACAUAAAUCAUAUUUUAAAUUACAUGUGUAUAUGCGUAUUUUUUAACGUAUGAUUAGAAAUUUUUCCAAAAUUCUCAAUUUUUUUUUUUUCCUCGUGUAACUGUUUCCGCUUUAAAAUGUUACAAAUUUUCAAGAAAUGUCGCUACUUUAUUAUGU